ACACUCCACACCCUCCACACUCUCUAAGGUGGUGCGAGAGGUGGAGGCACCAGCUGGUGUGGCAGUGUUCCAGCUGGAGGAUGAGGACACCAACAACACUCACCUGGUCCAGAUGGUGGAGAAUAUGCGCAGAGUGCGUCAGGUAACGUGGUGCCUGACGGUGGUGGUGGCCAGUAACCAACCAGCGUUCAUAGCAGAGUUUGCCGAGCUGUCAGUUGCUGGUCGGCUGUUGGUGUGGAGGACGAGGCUGGUGGUUGUGACCCGCCUGGCUCGCUCUCAGCUCCACGGCCUCAUCACCAACCACUGGACCUUCACCAUGAUGAACUCCAUGAUCCUCAACCUGGAGAGGCUCCAUCCACCCAGGUUCGGCGUAUUCACUCAUCUUCCAUACCACCAGAACAAGACGGUGGUGGUCAGACUGGCCACAUGGACCCAAGCUGCUCAGCUUACCUACACAACCCAUCUCCAGUUCUUCCCUGACAAAUACUCCAAUUUUUAUGGUGGGCGGGUGACUGUAACUGCUCUUCCUUUCCCUCCAUACUGGAUUGAAGAGGAUGGCAACAAAAGCAGCAGCACCCAGUACUAUGGAACUGAUUACCUCAUGCUCGAGACCAUAGCAAAAACACUCAAUUUCACCAUCGUUAUCAUCAACACCACUGACUGGGAUGAGGUGACAAAGAAGGUGGAGGAACGAGAAUCGUUCAUGGCCACAAUCAUCUAUGCUGUACUGCCAAGUCGCCUGCUGCACUAUGACUUCUCGUACCCUUAUGAGUAUGCCUCCCCGACCUUCUGCAUGCCCAAGCCAGUACUCAAGCCACGCUUUCUCAGCCUCUACUACCCCCUGGCUAAUGAGGUGUGGGCGUACACCCUGGUUGUGCUGAUGCUGGUGCCUACUGCCGUUAUAUUGAUGAGCCACGUGACUGUUGACACACUCCAUGGUGGGAUAGACUCCCAGCAGGUGAUCCAGGAUGUGGUGGGAACACUGCUGGGACAGAGCAUGGCAGAGCGCCUUACAAGGAGAGGGUGGGCGCGGGCAGUGUUUGGUGGAUGGCUGGUGUUUGCCCUCAUCAUCGGUACAGCUUACCGAGGAAAUCUAACUGCAUCCCUCACCAUACCAAAGUAUCCUCCUAGACCUGAAACCCUUGAGGAACUUAUCAAAGUUACCAAGAUGGUUACAAUGCCUCCAUAUGGGAUCCAAUUCAGAGACUUCUACAGCAAAUCUGAUUCCACAGUAUUCAAAACACUUGCCAAGCAGAUGGACUUUGUCCCAACAGCAUACGAUGGUCUAAUGCAUGCCACUAGCAAACGAGCACACAUCGAGGCACGUCGUUAUCUUCAGUUGGUGAUAGCACAGAAAUUUACCCUGGCAGAUGGUAGCACCAAUCUCUAUCUUGGCCGUGAAAAUGUCAUUCCAGGUUUGUCUGCUUGGCCACUACCUCAUGAUGCCCCGUACAAGUCUCACCUUGACCGCUGCAUAAUGGCUAUCACCGAGGCAGGACUAUAUGAGAAGUGGAGCAAAGAUAUAAUGUUAUGGGCCAGGAAGAAAAACUCUGUUGAACAGCAAGAGAACAAGGGCCAGAGUGAGGCUGCUGUCCCCAGCAACACCUUCUCGCAAGCUUUGACACUCUCUCACCUGCAAGGACCUCUUUUUCUUCUUCUGUUGGGUUUAGGUUUGGCAGUACUUGCAUUCGUAGUAGAAUUUUCAAUAGCUUGCUGUUCAUGGCUUAAAGAUAAAAAAAACUGACAAAUUGCCAGAUUAAAUAAAUUAAGCACUACAAUUAUGAUAGACUAAAACAUUCCCAUAUUCUUAUUUGUCACAACCUAGCAAACAAACCAUUUAACUUUACAUUUCCUUUUUCACCCCAGAUAAUUCCUUGCCACUAAUUUCUUCACCAAGACACCUACUGAGAUCAGUAGCCUAUAUUUGUUCACUAAGAGUAUGUACAGUAUCAUGGUGGGAACCAAGAUAGUAUUUGACAGAUGCAAGACAUCAUAAACCAUGACAAAAUAAUGUCAAGAAUUUUCUAUAAUUAUGUGGCACAUGUCUAGGGCCAGUGCCACUGAUAUAUGCCUGGAAAUGUUGCCGUUCCUGGGGCGAGUGUAGGUUAUUUAACAGAUGGCAUUGAUGGCUUAAUGUAAUGGACACCUCAGCUUGAACUGCAGGUAUGGGUUGGUUCAGAAAAGGUUUGCAGGGUACCGUCCAUGAAGGCCUUUGGCCCGAUUCAUCAAGCAUUUAUGCAUCUACUUACGAACCUGUACAUCUUUUUUUCCUAAUUUUUUUUAAUAUUACAAAGCAGUCAGAAAUUGAGAAGCAAAAAUAUACAGGUUUAUAAGUAAAUGCUUAUUGACUCCUUGCCUAGGGGGAUAAGGAUGGGAACUGUGGGUUUUUGCCUGCAUACAAAAACCCCAUUCCCCCCCCCCCAAAAAGCCUCAAAGCCUCAACCAUUAGGAGCCCAGGCUCACUAAAACACUCGCUGGUAUAUCGGCAAACAGCUGUGAAAUCUGUGCCAAUCUGUAGUGUUUGUGAAUAACGAGAAUUCAGGAGUAGCUCUUGUCCAUCGCUGGCUUAAUUCUCGGUUUACUGGGUUAGAUGUUCCAAAAUAAAUGUAUGAAAAUACAGAGCUGUUACACGAGCCUUUAACAAAUUAUAUUGUAAAAUACAUAUAACCUUUAACAAAUUUCAUGAUAUUCAUGAAUCAAUGAUAGUAUUUACAAAAAUAUGAAGAGAUUUAUAUAACAUUAAACUCGUAAAUGCCAGAAGCUGACCAGGUAUUAUAAUUGAUGUACAACGGUAACAUCCAAGUCUGAUAGAUUGCUACUACUUUUCUGUGUAGUUCCAGGACAUUUAUAAUUGUGUGCAAUGUAUAAACUCACAUUUGUAUUCAAAAAACAAA